GGCGUUGAUCGCCGUUCGUCACCGGAUACGUAUCAGUGACUCCGACACCAACGAAUGCGUCACAACUACUUCUUCGAAACGCCUCAUGGGCGUUCAACCUAAAUCCACACCGUUUUGGCGAAAAUAAAAACAUUAUAUAUACAUAUAUAUAUACCGACGUGUAUAGAAUCAAGUGCAUGUUACUGAUAUCAUUGUCAAUGAGAGAAAGUUGACAGAAAACGUGUGACAGCGUGUGAUUUCGCGCGUGCUGAAGCCGGAAGGCGUAUGUAUGUUGUUCUCCUGGAAGUUCGAUCGACGGGAAGACAGCUGGGAGAGAAAUCGUGCAGAGGGAUGCUUUGAAAUACCGGCAGAGUGGUUUCAUUCAAGGGUGAAAGGCCAUCCGAGCAAAUCAAGGCAUGUCCAAGUAUUGGCUGAACGUGGCCCUCCUCAGGGUUGUGCUGCCGCUUGUCUUGACAGGAUGUAUAAUAUGGCGACCUGUAGGAUUGUCUCUGGUUUACUUGGCUCUGAUGCUAUACUCGCCCCAUGUGCCGGUACCAGACGCGAAAACAAUGGCUGGCCACACAGGGCACUAUUUAAAAACUUGCAUCGGCCUGUCUUUUCUCACAGCAGUCAGCCAACUCACUUUUCACAUAGUUCUAUUAGCUCUACCUGCCUAUGGUCACUUCCUUCACAAUUGCGAAUCGAUGGAAAUGAUCUUCAGGCACAUAGGUUUUGUAAGACUAGAUAGCGCUUCUGCCUGGGAAAUCUUCUUCUGGUUGACGCCAGAGUUAAUCGUCUUACCCACUAGUAUAAUGGUGUAUCUCAUAUGUCGGUUUCUAUCACGAAGGAACGUUACCGACGAGGAAGAUAAUGCAUCGUUACAUCGAAACGCUGAAGCUGCGAAGAAAAGCGCUGACAGCACCGCCAAGAUCAUCAACUUCCUAGGACGAAUUGGGACCUACGUAGUUCUAGCGUCAUUGUGCAUCACAGCAGCCCUGAAACCAUCAGUUGAAGGUGGUUUCUAUUUUCUCGUCUUCCUAGGAGCCGCAACUUGGUGGGCAUGUAACAAAGAGCUCCGAAAGGGCUUUGCUAUAUUAUGCAGGAUUGUGAUGGUCGUUGUGAUUCUUCACAUCCUGGCUUUGCUCAGCUACCAGAAUCAAGUGCCUCAGGAGCUAAUACCCGUAAAUAGCACCUGGCAACGUUAUUUCGCAUUGUCUCCAGUUUACCAAACGAAUUGCACUGACCCGAGAGACGUAGAGUACACAACCGAUGCCAAUUGGUUAAUUUAUGGCUACUUCUUAAGGCUCUUUUGGCUUUAUUACGUUCUGGCGUUGCAGUCACAGUUCCUGAGCAAAAAGCCGAACGUUGCUUUUACUAACGAGGCGUUCCAGGCAAAGAAAGUGAAACGUUUGAGCGGAAAGCUGGAGAAUCUGGACACUCCAUUGUCCAGACACGUUUCCAUCAGGAGAAGAACUCCAUCUCAGAGAUGGCAAUCAGCGCGACGAAAGGCUCGUUUGAUGCGAUUUGGAUCCGGGAGAACGGGGCUACUGCAAGAUUCGACCGGAAGUGUCAUUGUCCAGGAUGGUCAUCAGGAUGACAACAUUCAGAUGCAAAGUCUCAGUGAAGCUACUCCAGACGAGCAAUCCGGAAUCAUCGAACAUAUCAUUAUGGCUGUAUAUUCCAUCUUCCAAUUGAUAAUCAAUUCAUCCUAUCUUGCUACGAAUAUCAUAAUGAUGACUUGGAGUAUAAUGUACCACAGUUGGACAACGUUUGCGCUGUUAUUAUGGGCCUUGAUUCUCUGGAUGGUGCCUAAUAAACGCGCUUCCAUGAUGAAAUGCUCGCCGUUUAUCGUUAUCUAUGCAAUGCUUUUGCUUCUCGUUCAGUACAUUUAUAGCAUGGAUCUGACAGAAGAAGAACUACCAACGAAGAUAAACGGAAUAAGUGUGUCGGAGAUUGGUUUCAGCAAAUCUGAACAACUUAGCCGGUGGCAUUUAGUCGUCAAGUGUCUGUUCAUAUCUAUGUUCUGGAUAACUAUGAGACAAUAUACCGCUGAAAGAACCAGACAAAGACGUUCUUCAGCGUUGAGAGACAUGGUAGCGCCGUUACAUGUCUCUGUUUCGACAGCUACCGCGGCGAUGAAUCACGAAGCGCCGGAAAUCAAAAGCAAAUUCAUGAAAGAUGUUGGCAUACUCUUGAAAAAAUUAUUAACCAAAUUUUGGAUCGCCGUAGUGGCUAUCAUGCUAUUUAUCUCUGGAAUCACCGGCGAACGUAUGACCGUCUUCAGGAUCAUUUAUAUGUCCCUGUUCUUAGUUUUAAUCAUCACUUUCCAGAUAUCAUGGACAGUAUGGAGGAAGAUGAUGUACACAUUCUGGAUUACAGUCAUUGGUUACUCCGUAAUCAUGCUGAUUCUCGUGUACACUUACCAAUUUCAUAAUUUCCCGGAAUAUUGGAACUAUCUCCAUAUUGACGAGGACUUGCAGAAGGACAUUGGUUUAGAAAUAUACGAGACCAAGGAUCUAUUUGUUAGAUUACUGACGCCAACGUUCUUCGUAAUUAUCACUGUCCUCCAGAUUCAUUAUUUCCAUAAAGAUUUCUUGGAAGUGACCGAUAUCGAGAAAUUUGGAACUGAAGAGAGUCCUCGAAUCGAACGAUCGAGUCUUGGCCAUUCACCGAUUUUAACCAUGCCACCAUCUUCACCGGGAGAAGUUUUCCUUGUUGAAGAAGAGAAAGAACAUAUAUACUCCUUAAGACAGUUAAAAGAAAUGUCGAAACUGGAGCGGCUACAGUUACUUCAUAACGUAAUACAGCAACUCUUAAAUUUGUAUAAUUAUACUUGGCUCUUCUUUGAAAUUCACAUGCAAAAGAUCAUUUUCAUUUCUGUGAUGAUUUUCUGUGUCAACGAUGUCUGUGCUAUUAAUUUUGUAUUCGUCUUGAUACUGGUUAUCAUGAUCAAUUCUCGAAGAAAUGUUCAAAUAUGUACUGCCAACACGAUCGCCGCGAUAAUUGCCAUUCUGAUGGUCGUAAAAAUGCUAUAUCAAAUUCAGUAUAUCGAUCACAAUAACUGGAAUAUUAAUUGCACGAAAUUUCCAUCUGAAAAUCAAACUCAGUAUGGCAGCAAUAACACGAUGUACAAUAUCGCAGAGUGGUUUGGAAUAAAAAAAGGAGAGCCAGGACAUUUGGCAGAAUUAUUGAAGGGUUACAUAGGAAUCUUAGUGGUGACUACUCUCAGAAAAAUCAUCAGAAUUCGACAGUGUUUCUAUAGAAAAGCACAUAACAAACCUUUGGACACUCCUCAAGUUAUGUUCCCUUCUAUCACCAGAGAAGACGCUGACAAAGGAGUACCACAGUGCUUGAAAUUCCUUUUCAAUUAUGGAUUCUAUAAGUUUGGCGUUGAAUUCUGUUUGAUAGGAAUAGUGGCACUCAUUGGAACCAGAUUAGAUUUCUAUUCUGUCCUUUAUAGCAUUUGGCUUUUACUAUUCUUCUCUUUGAGAAGAAAAGCAAUAUCCAGAAUUUGGCCUUUCUUCAAGUUCUUUGGUAUAAUUUUACUACCUAUUCAGUAUUCUUUCGUUGUGGCUCCACCAUCUUGGUUUUGUAUAGAGUAUCCAUGGAGUGAAUCCAAAACUUUGAGGGGUUUGCAAGAGUGGAUGUAUUUACCUGAUCCUGACUUUCCACCAAACGCUAGAAAAUUAAUGUGUGAUUUUAUUCUGCUAAUGAUGGUCGUCAGACAAAGUCUCGUCUUCCAAAUAGAAGAAAGAAGCACAGCGACUAACAGAGAAUUUCCAGCUGGUCAUAAUUAUUCCGUCUACGAAAAUAUGGAGAAACCAAAUUUCAUCAAUCCUGUGAAGGAUUACGUGUCACAUAUUCACUGUUGGUUAGACAUAAUUAAACGAGGCGUAUUAAUAAGUCUCAUGUGGAUCACUUUGUCGAUCAUGUUCCUGGCUGGAACAGAAAGGACUAAUCUCUUCUCGUUGGGUUAUUUAAUUGGUGCAUUCGUAUUCCUCUGGCAAGGAAGUGACUUUUACUUGAGACCAGUGAAAACCAUCUUGAAAUGGUGGAAUCUUCUAAUCGGUUACAAUGUGGUCGUCAUAUUUUCCAAGGCUUUGCUUCAGGGUGUAGGUUGCGUGCUGAUAGAACAGCUGCAAGUGUUAGCGUGUCCACUGAUUCAGCUAUUCGGUAUAACUUGUCUAAGAAAAUUCCGAAGUUCAGUGAGCGACAUAGUUCUGGAAAAAUUGGAUUGCGAGGUGCCACAAGAAGAUAUCGGCAUGGUCUGGGAUGGUCUAUGCUUUGGCUUCCUGUUACUCCAGAAACGACUGUUCAAGAGUUAUUACUUCUUCCACAUAGUAGAUGAAACGAAAGCUAUGAGCAUCCUAGCGUCUAGAGGGGCGGAGUUAUUAGAAGAACUGCACCAGAAGCGCAUCGAAAUUCAAGAAAACGUUGAGAAGAACGUGUUGCAGAAGUUGAAGUUUAAAAUGGAUAAAAUCAAAGCUAACCAGAGAAAAAUACAAGGACCUAGUUACAGGGAACCACAGAUACACGCAGUUGAUACUCUCUAUCCAGGAACACGGCCGUUGUACAGAGUUCGCGCCCCAAAGACCAACAGAGAGGCUGUCAGAUCAGGCGAUUACUACAUGUUCGACGACCUGGACGACGACGACGUGACCGAUCUGAUCCCGGACACUGAAUCCGAAAAAAAAGAAGCGGAGAAACGUCAUGAAGCUGAAAAACGCGGCAGAAGAAUGACCAUUUCCGAGCUGAUGAACACGCUGAUUAAGACAGACAUUGAGAUCGCGACACACGUCGCCAUGUACGGAGGGACUGAAAAGGACGCGCUGAGACUACGUCGUCGGAGUGUGCCUUUAACAAGGAAGAAAUCAUCUAUGUCGUAUCUCAGUGCACGUUCCGAGACCGACACUGCAGUGGCCACCGAUGCCGCUGACAAAACAAGUCUCGCGUCGGCGGACAUGGAAACCGAUGAAAAAGAUGCGGCCGCGGCAGAACGUGAUAAAACACCAGUGCCAACAGACGACGAAUAUGGAGAAGAUAAACCAGAUGAAAAGGAGGAGGAGACACAGGAGGAUGAGCAAAAAGUAUCAAUUGCUACGUACUUCAAAUUCAUUAUAGUGAUGGUUAAUAGCACCCUGACGUCGAUGACCAAGUACUUGAACAGAUUUUCGCGUGACUAUAGAUACAUUCGCAAGGUUUUAACGAAAGAAAAGAAAGUAUUAAAGACAAAACCAGACUUCCGGAUGGGAAUGCGAUUGGGAAUCACUCAAAUAUGGCAGCCAAUUCCUGUGAUGAAACAAGGAUCGACUAAUGGAAAUGCCGAGGAAUCUUACGAUGCUGGCGAGGGACCUAACCAACCACGACCGCAGGAAGAAAGGAAAAGCAGCUCGUUGAUGGUCCCUCAUAUUCGAAUUUUGGCACCGAGUUUGGAGCGAGGAUUGGACAUAUCCUCCUCCAGCUCACUAUUCUCCGAAAUCUCACCUGUCCAACACGAUGACGAAGGUGGUGCACUGUCUGAAGUCGAUCAACCACCGAUAAUCCAAUUAUUGGCAUCUAUUUGGUUUGGAGUCCUGGCACAUUCGUGUCUACUUUGUUACUUCAUGGUAUUCCUUCAUCAGAUUAAAAAUGCAUCCGUCCUUUCCACGCCUUUGCCUCUCAUGGUGUUCUGCUGGGGUUCGUUAACCAUUCCACGACCCUCGAAAACAUUUUGGAUAACGUUGAUCGCGUACACCGAGGCAAUUGUGAUAGUAAAAUGCAUUUUCCAAUUGGAAGUAUUGCCCUGGAAUCGAGAUGCUGCACCGAAUAAUCCUCUAUUUACUCCUAGAAUUAUGGGCGUUGAACGCAAACAUAAUUAUGCUUUGUGGGAUCUGCUGUUACUUCUCAUGGUGUUCUUUCAUAGAUUUAUGCUGAAAUCAUUAGGGCAAUGGACAUCCCCAUCCCUAAAACCAAGAAAAAUUAUUCCUUCCACUUUAACUGUAGUUCCAGCCAAGCCUCCACCACCAGAAAAUAGAGGUCAAGGAGAAUCUGCAUCGCUACAAGAAGAAGAAGGCGGUAGUACCGUAAGAACACCUAAAGGAGCAACUCUGAAUCUUCGCGCAGCAGGCGAGGGUGAAAAUGCGCAAGCCACAAAUGAAUAUGAAAAAUUAGUAGCCGUUCAAGGAGAAGAAAUCAGUCCCAUGAACGAAGAGUUCAAUAAAGCCAUGAAUAUGACUGUAAAUAAAUACAAAGAACCAAUGAAAGAUUUCUUCCAAAAAAUUCUUAGCCCAAUUAGCAAAGAAAAGACGAACGUAUAUGCAUAUAUGUUCCUGUGUGAUUUCUUUAAUUUCUUGCUACUCAUUUUUGGAUUUUCUGCAUUUGGGACACAACAAGGAGACGGUGGUGUUACAGCCUAUUUACAAGAAAAUCGAGUUCCGAUGCCAUUCUUACUGAUGUUACUGCUACAGUUUGCAUUGAUAGUUAUCGAUAGAGCCUUGUUCUUAAAGAAAUCAAUCGUAGGCAAACUAAUUUUCCAUUACUUUCUUAUAUUUGGCGUUCACAUUUGGAUGUUCUUCAUAUUGCCAAGUGUUACCGAACGACAAUUUAAUGAGAGGCUUCCACCGCAAAUUUGGUACAUGGUCAAGUGCUUCUACCUCUUGUUAGCGGCUUAUCAAUUAAGACAAGGCUAUCCGACACGAAUACUUGGCAACUUCCUCUGCAAGAAAUACAGCAUUGUCAACUAUGUCUUAUUCAAAGUAUUCAUGUUAGUCCCAUUCUUAUUCGAAUUAAGGGCAGUAAUGGACUGGAUCUGGACGGACACUUCCAUGACGAUAAUGGAUUGGUUCAAAAUGGAAGAUAUUUUCGCCAAUAUUUAUCAAAUCAAGUGUAUGCGAGGCGUAGAAACGGAUUUCCCUCAGCCACGAGGUGUAAAGAAGAAACAAAUGAGCAAGUACUUAAUCGGUGGUGGUGCUCUCUUCUUCAUGAUUGGAUUAAUAUGGUUCCCCUUGCUCUUAUUUGCACUUGGUGGCACAGUUGGUGUUUCUAAUCUACCCUACGACGUUUCAAUGAAAAUUAGAAUUGGUCCUUAUGAACCAAUUUACUCUAUGUCGGCACAAAGUAGCUCUAUCAUCGAAUACGACGAAACUGAUUUCACGAGAUUUUCGAAUUUGUACGCGAGAGAUAGACCUGCAGUCACUUUCCUGGAGAACUAUAUACAUUCUGAUGUCGCUGCCGUGAGAUUGAGUGGGUUCUCUCGAAAAUUAUGGAGUAUAUCUCCGCCAGACUUAGAUAGACUGAUAACAGAAUUAGAAGAUAAUAGCACAACCGUGGUCAUCCACGUAGAGUGGACGGUGUCUCGAAAAACGGACGCGAAAGAUGCCAGUGGGAUAACGACACAAGUGAGAGAUAUAAGAUUGCCACCGUAUGAAAACAAUGAAUUUAAUCCUGUGAGAAGAACGUUAGCUAAUAUGCUCUCUAGCAAUGACUCAACCGUGCAUAAUGGUACUAUCACCUUGCAAUAUGCGUUUCCCAAGUUUUUGAAAGUGACUGGUCGAACCACUGACGUCGUUCCGCAAUUAAUGCGAAUGCCGAAAUGGCUUGAUGACAAUGUAGAGGAAGACGAUGAGAAUCAUCUGUACAGGGAUGUUAGUCUUCAUUUAUCUACCGACGCAGAUUGUUGUGCUCGUCAGAAAUGGUGGAUCGUUAAAGAAGUUUGCAAUGAUACUUUAUACGAUCAGCUAUUAAAGAGAGUGCCCUUAAAUAACUGCAAGUACAUCAUGAUGUUCUUGUUCAAUGAUAAAACGUUCCCCGAGGGGUUGAGCUUUAUCAGUGGAUUUGGAAUCUUAGGUUUGUACACUACCGCGGUGAUAGUCAUAAGUCAAAUGAUGAGGAAGGUAGUCAGUGACAUGGCGCCGAAGAUUAUGUUCGAUGACUUACCCUACGUCGAUAGAAUACUAAGAUUAUGCUUAGAUAUUUAUUUGGUCCGUGAAAGUGGAGAAUUGUGUCUCGAGGAAGACUUGUUCGCCAAAUUAAUAUUCCUCUACAGAUCACCGGAGACGUUGAUCAGAUGGACAAGGCCACCCGAAGAAGGAGAGAGAACUGACAAUGAAGAUCAAGAUGAUGUAGAUGAGGAUGCUGUGGCACCAAGAGGAGAAUCUCGAGAUGUUUCUCGUAGAGAAUAAAUUUUGUCAAACGUUUCUGAGGAUAAACUCCAAACCUAAACAAUAUCAGUGAGAAUAUUGUGAAAUUUUCAAAACGGCUAGCAUUAAUGAUAAAACGAGACUAGAGUUAACUUUUGUUGGAUCAAAGACUUUAAGAUUUUGUUAAUUAUGCGAAACGGAAUUUAUUAAAGAAAGGAUUUUUUCGAAAAAUAUUACCGGUAAUUUUGCGUAAUGGAGACAAUAGUCGGCGCACUUAUCAAGACGUGACAAUGGUUAAAAAGAUUAAAGAAACUCAGGAAUUUAGUACAGUUAUGUUUGUUGUUAGGAAACUGAUUAACGAAGAGAUCGUUCCUAUAAAGAUGUACAUAUGUAUACGGAAAUAACGCAAAGCGAAAGAGAAAAUGAUAUUAAUCAUAAUAGGGAAAGUUAACGAGAAGACCUGAGAAAUUUAAAGAAGUCCGAGGAUACAUUAUACAGCAGAAUUAUUUAUUUCUUAAUCGUGUUUUUAAGUAAGGUUUUACUAAUUUUUAUUUAAAUAUUUAUCGAUAAAGAACUCGCUUGAUCAUAGUCGAAGGUAUGAAGGAUAUUGUGGUCGUGAGAUGUUGUCAGUAACAUGAUUUUGAGAUAAGUGCUUUAUAGAAUUAAGCGUCCAAAGAUAAAUUUGUUGUACCAUAUGCGAUACAUAUGCUUUUAUCUCUAAUUUAUUAGAAUUUAUGCAUAAAUCGAAAUAGCCGCAUUUAAAAUUGCAUUUUCAUAGGUAAGAAUGUAAACCCCUUAUUCUUAAAAAAUUAAUAUCUUCAAAACUGCCGAUAGCAAGAUCUUUCGUUCCUUUUUAUACGUUUUUCUAAUCGUCGAUUCAUUCAGGUAUUACUGAAUAAAAUUAUCUGGUGAUUUUGCCAAAACCUCGAGCGCGUUUUAUACAUUACACAUAUUUAACCGAAGAUCUUGACUCCAUAAUAAUUAUCAUUGCUUGUAAAUAUGCAUUGUACAACAUGCAUCCGUAUUGAAACAUUGUAUCAUGUCGCCUUAAUAUGCCUUUUAAAAGAAUCUUCGAAUAUAUGUAAAUUGUUUCAAACGAA